UGUAGCUUCCCUGUCCGUUAUCAAAUAUAGGACUGAUUUCCUAAACAAACGUUUUCAGCACAUGUUGACAUCGCGUCACCGUUAUCAGAUGAAAGAGCGGAUCACUAUAGUGGUCAGUGCCUGUGUUUAUGAGCUGAGACUCACAUGAGAGCCUGAUCCGUCACAUCUGAUCAUGUCUGAUUUCGAGGAGUUCGAGAAACAGCUGAGCGAGAAUCGGCAAGAGAGAGAGAGGGAGAGGCAUAAGAGGAGGAGUCGCAGUCGGUCUCCUGGUCGCAGCAAGAAACGGUGCAGCAAAGACAGAAGCAGUCGCAGCCGAGGGAAGCGCAGUCGCAGUCGAGACCGGAAGAGCCGGGACCACCGGAGCUGCUCACGGGACCAGAAGAAACACAGCUAUUCUCCACGCAGAACAAGGAAGAAAAAGAUGUGCAAGUAUUGGGAUGUUCCUCCUUCCGGCUUUGAGCACAUCACUCCAAUGCAGUACAAAGCCAUGCAAGCUGCUGGGCAGAUCCCCAGCAUUGCCCUGCUGGCUACAUCCACUAAUGCUGGUUUGGCAGUCGCACCCACACAAGUGCCCGCCGUUGGCAGCCAGAUGACCAGGCAAGCACGACGCCUGUAUGUUGGCAACAUCCCGUUUGGCAUCACUGAGGAGUCCAUGGCUGAAUUCUUCAAUACCCAGAUGAGACUCGCAGGACUGUCUCAAGCUCCCAGCAAUCCUGUGCUCGCAGUGCAGAUCAACCAGGACAAGAACUUUGCUUUCUUAGAGUUUCGAUCAGUGGAUGAAACCACUCAGGCCAUGGCAUUUGAUGGCAUCAUCUUUCAAGGACAGUCGCUGAAGAUCAGACGUCCACACGACUACCGCCCUCUUCCCGGUAUCUCUGAGCAGCCCGCUUUUCAUGUUCCAGGUGUUGUUUCCACAGUUGUACCGGACUCCCCUCAUAAACUCUUCAUUGGAGGUCUACCAAAUUAUCUCAAUGAUGAUCAGGUUAAAGAGCUCCUGACAUCAUUUGGUCCUCUCAAAGCCUUCAACCUCGUGAAAGACAGUGCCACAUCACUGUCCAAAGGCUAUGCUUUCUGUGAAUACGUGGAUAUCAGCGCGACUGACCAGGCAGUAGCUGGAUUACAUGGCAUGCAGCUCGGCGAUAAAAAGCUCAUCGUCCAGAGGGCAAGUGUGGGCGCCAAGAAUGCCAAUCCUACUGCUGUUGUAGAGACGCCAGUGACGCUCCAGGUCCCGGGACUGCAGCGCGUGCAGAACUCCGGCCGGCCCACCGAGGUGUUGUGUCUGCUGAACAUGGUCAUGCCGGAGGAGCUGCUGGACGACGAGGACUAUGAGGAGAUCCUGGAGGACAUCCGUGAGGAGUGCUGCAAGUACGGCACUGUGCGCUCUAUCGAGAUCCCCAGGCCGGUGGAUGGUGUGGAGGUGCCAGGCUGUGGGAAGAUUUUCGUGGAGUACGUGUCUGCUGCUGAAUGCCAGAAGGCCAUGCAAGCACUGACGGGACGCAAGUUUGCUAACCGCGUGGUGGUCACCAAAUACUACGAUCCAGACAUGUAUCACAGACACGAGUUCUGAGGGCAGAGAGACAACGCACCAUCU